AUGCAGACGAAAAUACCAUCGAAGAACUUCUCGAUUGAAUCGAUUGUUGGAAUCAAUGAUCGUCGAUCGCCUGAAAUUGAUAUAGAAAACAGCAUAUCUCAGGAUUACUCCGCAACUAAUGACCAUUCCGAAGAUGAAGAGCUCAAAGUUAGAGAUGGGAAAAUAAAUUAUUAUUACCAACAAAAUCGGGUCCCGAAUUUUCCGUUUUUUAUGAGCUACGAUAAAAGGAUGGGAGGGUUUCAGAGUGAACAGGGAGGGCAGCAGGAGGAACUGAAGAGGGCAAGUCCUGGAAGCGUGAGGAGUGAGGUUGAUAGUGACGGAGUGGAUGACAGACAGCACGGUAAGGAUAUUUAUUUUUUUAUUAGGAGAUACCGUACGGCAUUUACUAGAGAGCAACUUGCAAGAUUGGAAAAAGAAUUUAUGAAAGAAAAUUACGUAUCAAGACCGCGGCGAUGCGAGCUGGCCGCCCAAUUGCAACUUCCUGAAUCAACUAUAAAACGUAUAGCCGUAGCGUGGCCUUACGCAGCUGUCUACAGUGACCCAGCCUUCGCAGCAUCAAUCCUUCAAGCCGCCGCCUCAUCUGUAGGCCUACCUUACGGCUACCCCUCCCCCGCCCUAAUCCCACCCUUCCACAACCCACAACUCUUACCCGCAGGCUACCCAUACCCCUACCCAACUUACCCCCGCUACCCCUACAUUCCCCCAACUCCCCCCUCCCCAGUCAACGCUGAAGCGACGUCGCUAAGGCCCGCGUAUUCAAAUUUCAACUUAAAUGUUGAUAAAUAA